AUAUCAAAACCUUCCUCUUUGAGUAAUGAUUUCAGUAGGAUUGCUGGGGCAUAUUCUGGAGACUUUGGUUUCUAUGGGCACCAUGCGACACCGAAGAAACGGCAAUUUUGAGAGUUCCAGACUCCUCUAUUCCAGCAUGUCUCGCAGCAUAGAUGUGUCUUGCAGUGACGCUGAUUUGGUCAACUUCAUCCAAGAAAACUUUAAGAAGAGAGAAUGUGUCUUUUUUACAAAAGACACCAAGUCAAUGGGUAACUUAUGUAAAUGUGGAUACCCUGAAAAUCAACAUAUAGAGGGCACUCAGAUUAAUACCAAUGAAAAAUGGAACUACAAGAAGCACACUAAGGAACUUCCUACUGAUGCCUUUGGGGACAUUCACUUUGAAAACAUGGGAAAAAGAGGAAAGUACAUCCGUUUGUCAUGCGACACGGACUCCGAAACACUCUAUGAUCUCAUGACCCAGCAUUGGCACCUGAAAACCCCUAACCUUGUCAUCUCUGUCACUGGGGGCGCAAAGAACUUUGCGCUCAAGCCUCGGAUGCGCAAGAUAUUCAGCAGGCUGAUCUACAUUGCCCAGUCCAAAGGGGCCUGGAUUUUCACAGGAGGCACGCAUUAUGGGCUGAUGAAGUACAUCGGGGAAGUGGUCAGAGACAACACCAUCAGUCGGAGCUCAGAGGAGAAUGUGGUGGCUAUUGGCAUAGCAGCCUGGGGCAUGAUUUCCAACCGAGAAAGUCUGAUUCGCAGUGGUGAUAAUGAUGGGUACUACUUGGCUCACUACAUCAUGGAUGAUCUCAAGAGAGACCCCCUCUAUUGCCUGGAUAAUAAUCACACCCAUCUCUUACUGGUUGAUAAUGGCACCCAUGGGCAUCCGACAAUAGAAGCAAAAGUACGAACUCAAUUAGAAAAGUACAUUUCGGAGCGGGUUAUCCCAGAAUCUAAUUAUGGUGGGAAGAUUCCAAUUGUGUGUUUUGCCCAAGGUGGAGGGAAAGAGACUUUGAAAUCUAUCAAUGUGGCUAUCAAGAGUAAGAUUCCCUGUGUUGUGGUGGAAGGCUCUGGCCGGAUCGCUGAUGUUAUUGCUAGCUUGAUGGAGGCAGAAGGCACUCUUGCUUCUUCAUGUGUCAAGGAGAGCUUGCUCAGGUAUCUGCCUCGCACCAUUUCAAGGCUCUCAGAAGAGGAGACUGAAAGCUGGAUCAAAUGGAUCAAAGAAGUCCUUGAGAACCCUCAUUUACUGACAGUUAUCAAAAUAGAAGAAGCUGGAGAUGAAAUUGUGAGCAAUGCUAUUUCUUUUGCUCUGUACAAAGCUUUCAGCACCAAUGAACAUGACAGAGAUAACUGGAAUGGGCAGCUGAAGCUGCUGCUGGAGUGGAACCAGCUGGACCUGGCCAGUGAUGAGAUCUUCACCAACGACCGAAACUGGGAGUCUGCUGACCUACAGGAUGUCAUGUUCACAGCCCUAGUGAAAGACAGGCCCAAAUUUGUCCGUCUCUUCCUGGAAAAUGGCUUGAAUCUGAGGAAGUUCCUUACCACAGAGGUCCUUAGAGAGCUGUACACAAACAACUUCAGCAGCCUGGUGUUCAAGAACCUGCAGAUUGCAAAAAACUCCUAUAAUGAUGCACUCCUUACAUUUGUGUGGAAGAUGGUUGAAGACUUCCGAAGAGGUCUCAAAAGAGAUGACAAAAAUAGCAAGGAUGAGAUGGAGAUACCUCUUUCGGAUGAGUGUCCUAUCACAAGGCACCCGUUGCAAGCUCUGUUUAUUUGGUCAGUUCUUCAGAACAAGAAAGAGUUGUCUAAAGUCAUUUGGGAGCAAACCAGAGGUUGCACUUUGGCAGCCCUUGGGGCCAGUAAGCUCCUGAAAAGCAUGGCGAAGGUGAAGAAUGAUAUAAAUGCUGCUGGUGAGUCUGAGGAACUCGCUAAUGAGUAUGAGACAAGAGCGGUAGAGCUGUUCACCGAGUGCUACAGCAAUGAUGAGGAUCUAGCUGAGCAGCUGCUGACCUAUUCCUGUGAAGCCUGGGGAGGGAGCAAUUGUCUGGAACUAGCAGUGGAAGCUAGAGACCAGCAGUUCAUUGCACAGCCAGGGGUGCAGAAUUUCCUUUCCAAGCAGUGGUAUGGAGAGAUUUCAAGAGAUACUAAGAACUGGAAGAUUAUACUGUGUCUGUUCUUUUUUCCUUUAAUAGGCUGUGGUUUCAUCUCAUUCAGGAAAAAGCCUGUGGAGAAGAGUAAGAAACUCUUCUUGUAUUAUGUGUCUUUCUUCACCUCCCCCUUUGUGGUCUUCUCCUGGAAUGUCAUCUUCUACAUCGCUUUCCUGUUGCUCUUCGCCUACGUGUUGCUUAUGGAUUUCCAGAAGGAACCUACCAUCCUGGAGAUGAUCCUUUACGUGCUGGUCUUCAUUCUGCUUUGUGAUGAAGUGAGACAAUGGUACAUGAAUGGGAGUAAGUAUUUCUCAGAUCUGUGGAAUGUUAUGGAUACACUAGCAAUCUUCUACUUCAUAGCAGGGAUUGUGUUCAGGCUUCACUCAUCUGAUGAAAGCUCUUGGUAUGCUGGGAGAGUCAUUUUCUGUUUGGACUACAUAGUUUUUACUCUGAGGCUGAUCCAUAUUUUCACAGUUAGCAGGAAUCUAGGACCCAAAAUUAUUAUGCUGCAGAGGAUGAUGAUAGAUGUCUUCUUCUUCCUCUUCCUCUUUGCUGUGUGGAUGGUGGCCUUUGGCGUGGCCAGGCAAGGCAUCCUGAGGAAGAAUGAGCACCGCUGGGAGUGGAUAUUUCGAUCUGUGAUCUACGAGCCGUACCUGGCUAUGUUUGGCCAGUACCCCGAUGAUGUUGACGGUACCACCUAUAACUUUGACCGCUGCACCUUUUCUGGCAAUGAGUCCAAGCCCUUGUGCGUGGAGCUGGAUGCCAACAACCAACCCCGCUUCCCAGAGUGGAUUACCAUUCCCCUUGUCUGCAUUUACAUGCUCUCAACUAACAUCCUCCUUGUGAACCUGCUUGUGGCCAUGUUUGGUUACACUGUUGGAUCAGUACAAGAGAACAACGACCAGGUGUGGAAGUUCCAGCGUUACUUCUUGGUCCAAGAAUACUGCAGUCGCUUGACUAUCCCCUUCCCUUUCGUCAUCUUUGCCUACAUAUACAUGGUGAUGAGGAAAUGUUUCAAAUGCUGCUGUAAGAAAGAAAGUAAAGAGCCAUCUAUUUGUUGCUCAAAAAAUGAGGACAAUGAAAUUCUGGCAUGGGAAGCUGUCAUGAAGGAGAAUUACCUUGUCAAAAUCAAUACCAAAGCAAAUGAUUCAUCAGAAGAGAUGGUGCAUCGAUUUAGACAACUGGAUGCAAAGUUCUCUGAUUUGAAAGGCCUUCUGAAAGAGAUUUCCAGCAAAAUCAAAUGAACAUAUCUGAAAUCCAAGAGCAGCUACCUGAGCAGGGUACUGAUUCAUCAAGAGUAAUUUCUCUGAGCUGGCAGUAACCACCAAGCAAACAGUAACUGAUCCACCAGAGUGUCAAUGUCUCAGCAGGAGUUACUAGGAUUUUUUUCGGUUUUUAUUUUUUCAAUAAAACAGCCCUUUCUGCUUGUUGCAAGAUGAUGGUAAAACAUUAAGACGACUGUUUAUCUCCUGGCAGGACUCCCGUGUUACCCACGCUCUUCUUUUUCCUCAUCUCCCCUGAUGUUCAAUGGCAGCAAUUAGACCUUGUCAGCUGCUGUUAAAAAGCACUCCUAAUUCCAACAGUUCUGCUGCUGCUGCCAAAAUCACUUUGCUUUUCAAUUUCACUCAAAGGGGCCUGUUCAUGGGUUUCCUUUAGCCACUAAUUGCUUGUCUUAAUGAAUCAAUCUCCUUUCCCUUUCCUUCAUGUAGUAGCCAGAUCGAGCUUGUUACUUGCAUGGUCUGUCUGUCAGACCUGCUGAGGUCUGUAAUGCGGGCAUGCCAGUAUAUGAUGUAUUUCAGCAUCAUCCCCUGGAGGAAAGACAGCCUUUUGUCCAACCCUGCACCCACAUCUCAGACCCUGCAUGAACAGUGUGGACUUCUUUCCACUCUACCUGGAACUGUGCAGCAAUGCUGAAGCUCAGCUAUUACAACCCCACAUGGGAGACUUAAUUAAUCUAAAAAGUGUUUCCAAAGGCCUUGUGUGCAAUUGUUGCUUCUUUCUUUAGUGAUAAUUUGUAUACUGGGAGCAUUGCAAUUAAUUUAACUUUUUCAAACAUCUGUUUGCAGAUGUUUGCAUUUUGAAAUGGAGAAGAGAUUGUUGGCCAGCUUUAAAUAUUGUGAUGCUUGCUAUGGUGAGGUUGCUUUUUCUGCGUUCCAUCCAAAAUAGCAGCUGAAUUUUGUGUGGUAUAACUGGGUGCACUGCCAACUGAAGGGAAACCACUACAAAUGGCAUUUAUUUACCUUGCAAAGCAUUGUAUCCGUCUCCAUCCCCUGUGUCUAGGAACAAUCUCCCAAGAUGUUUGAUUUUGAAGGUUUAGGUAUUUUCCUUUUGCCUGGCAAUGGCUAUCAUAGUCCAUACACUUUACAAUGACUUGCAGCUAGUCUGAGGGCUGUCAGGCAGAACAUAUGGGUGCUUACAUGGGUGCCACAUGACGUCUCCAGAUGAGUUGUUAGGUAGGUGAAGAGGGAAUUUCUGCUGAAGCAGAACACUCCCCAGGUGAGUCGCCUUGACCAUUGCAAAUACAGCCAUCUGCUGCCUGGCUAGAAACCAAAGCCUGUGUGCAGGCCUGCCUCUGUGCACAACAGCAUGUUCCAGUCCACGUCUGCUGUGAAAACAUGUUGGUCCAAUACGGGGAAGACAAGACUGUUUUUGUGUGUUUUGGUGUUUGCUUCAGUACAAGGAUAUGAAGUGCUGUUGUACGUGGGGAAUGUUUCUACUUUAGGAUACAGCUGAUAGAGGUGCAGCUUACUGACUGAGGAGGCCAGCACAUGCAUGCAUCGUUUACUGGAGCUGCUGCUCUGCUUGUCUUUGUAGCUGAAAAUGGAAUAGUUUUACAGGGAAAACUGUGAUGAGGUGAAAUCAGAAAGGCUAUUGCUUUUUUCUUCCUGCUUCACAUGACCUAACUUUACUGUAUGCCAUGCAUUGCAUGAAUCUGGGGGAUAUAGCACUACCAAUAGCAGCAUUACUUGUUUACAUAUGGAAAUACUUGUGUUUUUCUGUUAAAAAGUUUAUAAAGGACUCAGGCUUUCAUUGACUUCUGUGGCAGUUAGCUUGCAUCAUAAAUUAAUGAGAUAAGUUUCCUUUCUAGAAAUUAUUUUUUCUUAUGUCAUUUGUAUGCUUUGAAUGUGAAAAUUGUGCUUUUAGUUGAUUCCUUUCAUAUAUAAAACCUGCAGUGUACUUGCCA